AAAUUUACCUGAUAAAAAAAAAAAAAGUAUUUCAUACAUUUAAAAAUCCUUCUAUUCACUCUCCUUCUUUUAUCGAGCGUCUUUAUAUAUAUAUAUAUACACAUACAGUAUAUAUAUAUUUUUUCUCAAACAAAAUGAUUUUUUUAAACAAUUCAUUGAUAUAUAUUAUUACGUUUGGUGCUUUGCUUCAAUUGUUAGUUGAAGUAAAGUCUCAAAUAACUAAACCGGAUUUACGUCUCGCUCAUACUGCUACAUUAAUUGAUGAUAAAUUAUAUAUAUUAGGCGGAGAAAUCCCUCCUCGUAAUAGCGGGAACCAACCAAAAGAAACGUUUUUUUAUUUCGAUGUCUCUACUCCUUUUAGCACUAAUGAAGUAAAAUAUACUGACCUCUCAAACAGCAAUGUCGUUCCAUCGCAUCGAUAUUCUAUAGCUAUUAAAGGUGGUGCAAACAAUAGUACGUUAUUCUUAUAUGGCGGUACAACUUUUGGCAAUCAAACAAUGGAAUUAGUUUAUGCGUUUGAUGCCCAACAUAGCGCAUGGUAUGUUCCAAAACCAGCUGGUGACCCUCCUGUCGGAAAGGAUUUUAUGUUUCCUAUAAUUGAUGAUAAUGGGUUAUUAUAUAUGUUUGGUGGAAAUAGUCCCGUAGGUUAUGUGAAUGAUAUGUUUAUCUUGGAUACAAUAUAUUUUAACUGGAAUAAAUCCAGCGCAAUUAAUCCACCUAGGAGAAGAGAUGGUUAUAGUGCCGUAUUCUUGCCAAACAAAACUAUUGUCUAUUUAGGUGGGUUUGGUCCGAGUGGUCCGAAUGGGUCUGGUCCGAUUAGCUGGUUACCAUUAGAUGAGGUAUACUUAUAUGAUACAAUCAACAGUUCAUGGGAGGCAAAGAAAGUUGAUGGAACGAUACCCGCACCAAGAGCUGCAUUUUCAGCGGUUCUUGGACCGGAUGCACAAAGGGUGAUUAUUUUUGGAGGGGACACUAAUUCUACGUCAAAGAACGUUCUGUACUCUGAAAAUGCACUUUAUGUUUUAAAUUUAAAUACUAUUAAAUGGCAUUCUCCGCCAACCUCUGGAAAACCUCCAUCAAGCCGUGCUUUUCAUAGAUCAUUAACAAUUGGAAAAUAUAUGGUUGUGACUUUUGGGUAUGGAUACACACGAGAAUCUGAGAAUGAUAUAUUAUUACUUGAUAUCAGUAAUAACGAUGAAUAUGUUUGGACAACAAAAUUUGAACCUCAAUCAUUAAUUUCUACUCCCCAACUACCUACUCCUCAAUCAUUAUCACAUUCUAAUAUUAAUACAACCGGCAUAGCUAUAGGAACUUUAAUAGGUAUAAUUUGUGGUAUUGCAUUGACAAUCGGAAGUUUCUUUUUAUACAAACAGUAUAAAAAUCGAAGUGAAGUAAUGCCAACCCCUGGAGAUGAAAUAACUAAUAAAUACCCCGAAGAAACUCUGAAAGAAAGAUCUGCAGUGGUUGAAAAAAAAUCUUGGAAUAAUUUUUUCCAAUAA